GUUCUUCCUAUCCUCGUUUAUUUUUUUUCCUUCAUUUUUCUCUCUUCCUUAUUUUUGCCCUAUCUCAUAGGGUUCCCAAUGUUCUUUUAGCUCUGAUCUCUCUCUCUCUCUCAUGCAUUCAAGUUCUCAACUUGCAUACGGUGUUUUGGCUGUGAUUAUCGUUUCCGGGUCUCUCUUUUUUGCUCUCUUUGGAGGGUUUUUGGGUGGGGAAUCCUGCAGAUUUUACCUCCAGGGGCUUUUGGAGCUGUUCCCAUGUCAAAGCUCUCUGCUUUCAGUGGUAAUGAUGAUUUUUGCCCUGGGGGUUCUAUAUACCCAAAUCCCAAGGAGUCAAGCCUUUUCUUGCCCCUUAGUCAUUAUGUGGAUGUUUGUUUGCCUUCUCGCAAGAGGUCCCGCAUCAGUUCCCCAUUUGUUUUCAGCGAAGAGAGGUUUGAGCAAAAGCAGACAUCUAUUGAAGUUCUCCCAGAUGAGUGCCUCUUUGAAAUCUUCAGAAGGUUGCCAGGAGGAGAGGAGAGGAGUGCAUGUGCCUGUGUUUCCAAGCGUUGGCUUUCGCUUUUAAGCAAUAUCUGCAGAGAUGAAAUUAGUAACUUCAAAACCACCCAGGAAACUGAGGGUGAAGAUCAGGAUGUUGAGGGUUAUCUUUCCAGGAGCUUGGAAGGAAAGAAGGCAACUGAUAUUAGACUUGCUGCUAUUGCGGUAGGAACUGCCAGUCGUGGAGGAUUGGGGAAGCUUUCUAUUAGAGGUAGUCGGGGGGUGACAAACCAAGGUCUGAAGGCGAUUUCUCGUGGUUGCCCCUCUCUGAAGGUGCUUUCCUUGUGGAAUUUGUCUUCCAUUGGAGAUGAGGGUCUAUCCGAAAUUGCUAGUGGAUGCCAUCAACUUGAGAAACUUGACCUUUGCCACUGUCCCACAAUCACUGACAAGUCCUUGCUUGCAAUUGCUAAGAAUUGCCCAAACUUGACUGAUCUGACAAUAGAGUCUUGCUCAAACAUUGAGAAUAAAGGUCUGCAGGCUAUUGCACAGAGCUGCCCCAAUCUAAAGUCCAUUUCAAUCAAAGAUUGCCCACAUGUCGGAGAUCAAGGAAUUACUGGCCUGAUGUGCUCUGCUAGUUAUUCUCUGGCCAAAGUAAAGCUCCAAUCAUUGAACAUCAGUGAUGUUUCUCUUGCUGUCAUUGGAUGCUACGGAAAGGCAGUUACUGAUCUUUUCCUCGCUACCCUCCCAAAUGUUAGUGAGAGGGGCUUCUGGGUCAUGGGUAAUGGAAAUGGGCUGCAAAAAUUGAAAUCCUUCACAGUUACAUCAUGCCGUGGAGUAACAGAUUUGAGUCUUGAAGCUGUAGGAAAAGGCUGCCCAAAUUUAAAACAAUUCUGCCUCAGAAAAUCUGCAUUCAUAUCUGAUAAUGGUUUGGUUUCCUUUGCUAAAGCAGCAGGGUCACUGGAGAGCUUGCAACUGGAGGAAUGCCACAGGAUCACCCAAUUUGGGUUUUUUGGUUCCCUUUUAAACUGUGGUGCCAGGUUGAAGGCUCUUUCUCUGGUGAACUGCUUGGGAUUCAAAGAUUUAAGCUUUGGAUUGUCUUCUCUAUCGCCUUGUCUGUCCCUUCAAUCAUUGUCCAUCCACAACUGCCCUGGAUUUGGUGAUGCUAGCCUGGCAGUGUUGGGGAAGUUGUGCCCUCAAUUGCAGCAGUUGGACUUCAGUGGGCUUCCUGGAAUAACAGAUGCUGGCUUUCUUCCAUUGCUUGAGAGCUGUGAGGCUGGUCUUGUGAAGGUUAAUCUCAGUGGUUGUGUGAAUUUGAGUGAUAAAGUUAUUUCUUCCAUGGCUGGACUGCAUGGUUGGACUCUUGAGGUGUUGAAUCUCAAUGGCUGUGGGAAGAUCAGUGAUGCAAGUUUGGUUGCAAUUGCUGAAAAUUGCAUGUUGUUAUGUGAUCUUGACGUGUCAAAGUGCGCAAUCACUGAUUCUGGAAUUGCAUCUCUCUCUUGUGCCAAGCAACUCAAUCUGCAGAUCCUCUCCUUGUCAGGUUGCUAUAUGAUUUCAGACAAAAGUCUGCCUUCUCUCGGAAAACUUGGUCAGAGCCUCCUGGGAUUAAACCUGCAGCGUUGCAAUGGAGUUAGCAGCAAUGCAGUUGAUAUGCUCAUGGAGCAGUUAUGGAGGUGUGAUAUCCUUUUCUGAGCAGUUUCUGAACAGGAAGGGUAGACCCUCCAAAUAACAACACGUGAGGUUUGAGUCUCGUGAUGCCUCAGACUAGUUUUGUGAGUGAUAGCAUUAUGUUUAGUUUUUGGGUCCAUCUGCUAUGGGUCUUCUGUCAUCCAGUGCUCAGUCCCCUUUUCCAGGGAAAUAUGGCCAUUCUAUCCUUCUUUUUUUUUUUUUUUGCAGAUUUCCAUUCAACAGAAAUCUGUUAAUACAUUUUGCCCAACAAAUGGGCGUUGGUUUCUUCUUGGCCAAAAUCCCUGAGAACACAGUUACUGGGUCUUGAAUUUUAGGGCAUGUUUCUUUGAUUUUAGCUUUUUUAUGUUGCUGGGUGCUAGCACCUGGUGUUUUAGCUUGGUCUUGCCAACUCAUCUUUGGGCUAAGCUUUUCUUCCUUCCCUCAGUCCUCUCACUACGAAGUUGGCAGUGUUUCCACUGGUUCUUCACGUGAUAGUUCGGUCCUCUGUUUUGCUCAAAGGGUAGGUUGAAGUCUUCACUUCCACCAUGCUUUUCACAGUCAAGAAGUUUUGGUGCCUCGCUUUUCAUGGGCUUUGGCCAUGGCAGCAAUUUAUAGUGUCUGUCAUUACAACUCCUAAAUGAGUUGUUUUUUUCACCAGGCCCCAGUUUUUGCAGGUUUCAUCUCUUCUGAUCUGUGCUCUGUAACACUUCUACCACGUAAUGAGAUCAAUACCUAACCCUUUGAAGUAUUGUAUGUUUUUGUUAUGAAGAUGAAUAAAAUCUCAAGACUUUUUAUGUAUGUCGAGGAUUUGUUGAAUCAUGAAUGGCUAUUUCUUGAUAAUUUAACUUAAUUAAGAACUGCAUAAAUC